AUGCCGGUAGUGACUGCUAAUAUCAAACGUACGUCUUGUCUUCGAUUACUGGCUGGUAUAACAAGUGGUGGUAGUCUACUAACAGUAGCAUGGAAACAUUAUCGUGUGCAUGCUUCUGCAUCACCAAAACAAGAUUCUAUUAAAAUACCAUCAAUUAUACAUGAAGUAGAAAGAAAACAAAUAUCAUCAUCAGAUAAAUUUGAUUGGAAAAUCUUCUGGUAUUAUUUACGACCACAAAUAUGGGUCAUAGCUUGUGCAACAGCCGCAGCUCUUGUGGUUGCCUAUUUAAAUGUAGCUAUACCAUUAGAACUGGGAAAUCUGAUUAAUGUAGUAUCUAGUUUAAUUACUUCUUCAUCUUCAUCAGUAGACUUUAAACAGAUGUUAUCUAAACCCACGUUUAAACUUAUUGAAUUAUACAUAUAUCAAUCAAUAGCUACAUUUGAAUAUAUAACUCUUUUAUCAAUAGCUGGUGAACGUAUGGCUGCUGCAAUACGUCGAGAUCUUUUUCAAAAUAUUCUUAAAUUAGAUAUGGAAUUUUUCGAUAGAACAAAAACAGGUGAAAUUAUGGAUAGAUUAACAUCAGAUGUUCAAGAAUUUAAAUCAAGUUUUAAAUUACUCAUUUCACAAGGCAUGCGUGCAUCAACACAAAUUGUUGGUUCAGCCGUAUCUCUCUAUUGUAUUUCUCCAACAUUAGCUGCAUUAGCUGGUCUUGUUAUUCCAAGUAUUAUUGCAGGUGGUACAUUAUUCGGAUCAUUACUACGUCAACUUUCACGACAAGCACAAGCACAAUUAUCAAUAUCGACUGGUAUUGCUUAUGAAGCUCUAUCAAAUAUUCGAACAACGCGAGCAUUUGGUGCUGAAACAAAAGAACAUGAAAUGUUUCAAAAAGAAGUGAAUAAAGCUCGUGAUCUUAAUAUACGAUUAGGUGUUGGUAUAGGUAUAUUUCAAGGUCUUAAUAAUUUAGUUAUGAAUGGUAUAGUAUUGGGUACAAUUGCUCUUGGUGGUCAAUAUGUUUCUCAACAACGAUUAUCAGCUGGUGAUUUAAUGGCAUUUUUAGUUGCAACACAAACUAUACAACGAUCAUUAACACAAAUUUCAGUUUUAAUUGGACAAGCAAUACGAGGAAUGUCAGCUGGUGCAAGAAUACAUGAAUAUCAAAAAUUAACAAGUUAUAUUCCACUUCAAGAAGGUACUCGAAUACCUUAUCAUUCUAUGCUUGGUCAGGUUCAGUUUUCGAAUGUUUCAUUUGCUUAUCCAACACGACAGCAACAGAUCAUUCUAGAAAAUUUUAAUUUUACAAUUCCAUGUGGUAAAACUGUUGCGUUAGUUGGUCCAUCUGGAUCAGGUAAAUCUACAUUGUGUUCAUUACUUGUACGCUUUUAUGAUCCAUUGGAUGGCAAAAUAACUAUUGAUGGAAAAGAUAUUCGUAAAUUUAAUGCAACAUGGCUUCGAUCGAAUGUUAUUGGAAUGAUUAAUCAAGAACCAACAUUAUUUUCAACAACAAUAAUGGAAAAUAUUCGUUUCGGUAAACCAAAUGCAACCGAUGCUGAAGUUUUUGAAGCAGCUAAAUCAGCGAUGGCACAUGAUUUUAUUCAAUUAUUUCCUGAUGGAUAUCAAACUGUUGUUGGUGAACGAGGUGUAACUGUUUCUGGUGGCCAACGACAAAGAAUUGCUAUUGCACUUGAUGCUGAAUCUGAAAAACAAGUUCAAUUAGCAAUUAAUAACGUUGCAAAAGGUCGUACAACAUUAAUAAUUGCUCAUCGAUUGAGUACAAUACGUAAUGCAGAUAUUAUUGGUGUUAUGUUGCAUGGAAAACUUGUUGAGAUGGGUACGCAUGCUGAAUUAAUUACUAAGAAAAAUGGUGUUUAUGCUGAAUUAAUGCGUAUUCAACAGUCUGGUAUUGAUAUACUUUAG